GUGAGUGAUAGUGAGGCCGGAGCGAUGCUCCUCACGCCUACGAAAAAAGUUUUUCACUAAUAAAUCGGACUUGCGAAAUUUUAAAUACACUUAAGAGUCAAUAUGGAGAAUGUUAGUGCAAUGAUUCAAAGGAAUGAGGAACAAAGAGAUGGAGAUAAUAACGAAGCGUUACAACUCGUGAAGAACGAAGAGCGACAGGACAUGGCGGGCGGCGAAGCCAAUGUAGGCGGAAAUAGUGAAGGCGCAUCGCAUCCUGCGUCAGUCGCGGUGUCAGGAGCAGAGUCUAACGCUGAACCACACUCUGUGAUUACGUCGCGGCGCGCUCUCAGGACUAUAACGACAGCUGGACACAUCACUGACGGCACGGAACUAAACGACGACGGUGUUAAAGAUGAGCCUCCUGAACCACAGCAGCUAGAACACGAACAAAUGCAGUACGCUCCCAAGCUAGAAGAUACGGACGGUCGGAACGCUGCGUCUCAUUAUGACGAGGAGAGAUUGAGACUGGCCGAAGCGGAAACUGCUAGAUACUUAGCAUUUAAACAGGAACCGUAUCGUUCCUUACAGUCUCCUACGCCAGCACCUCAGGACAAGCGACUACAGCCACAACCGCAAUACGCGCGAGGUCCGCCGCCACGGCCCGCUUACGGUCGCGGGCUCGCUUUACGCUACGGCACACCUCACCAUGUUAUUGUGGCACAGGACGGUGACACUGAAGAGCACUCGCAUGAAUCAUUUUUACAAAAAGAGAAAGCUGAGCAACUACAGCAGGCCUAUGCAGCCUCUGAAGCUGCGAAUGCACAGGACGGCCGGCAAUACGCGGCUGUUCUCAGCGAUCAAGUGGCCGUCUCCUCCGCCUUGGAAAUGAUCCAAACUACAUCGUUAAGUAACCAACAGGCGGUCGGAGUCGCUUACCAGCAGGUUAAGUAUGAAUCGCGUGGCGAGGGCGAGCCUCGGCCGACGACGUACGCGAGCCUACAGCCUGUAACUUCAGUGCACAGUGCGAGCGGAUACACAUAUGCGGGUCAGAGCCCGCAGUACGCGGCAGCAGGCUACAGCACGUACAACAGUAGCAAAGAACUGCUGACGCUGUACGGAGCGGGAUCAGCGGCGCCGCGGGGGGACGAUUCUCCGCCCGGGCUAUUGUACCGCAGUGACCCUACACUUUCCUCUUCCUCCCUUAACUCUCGAGGCGCUCACGUCGUGUAUGGCUCCGUGGUGCCACAAUCACAGGCCGUAUAUGAAGCACCGCCCAGCCCUAACUCGCAGCAAGUGAACGUAUUGUACACGCACGGUAAUACAGUGCAGUACAAAGUGGGCGGAGAGCACUACCUCGGACAGGGCGGCGGCGUAGAGUACGUGCCGGUGUCGGGCUACGAGGGCGGAUUGCUCGUCGAGAGCUACGCGGCGCCUGCACAGGCGUGGCCCGGCCACAACCUGCUACCCAUAGACGACAGUUUCGAUCCCAGUAUGGCAGGGAUGGGCGAGGUAAAAGAGUGUGUGAACUGCGCGGCGGCGACGACUCCGCUGUGGCGGCGCGACGGCACCGGUCACUAUCUCUGCAACGCGUGCGGCCUCUACACGCGCAUAAACGGCGUCAAUCGACCACCUCUCAAGGGCCAAAAGGCGAAACCUCAGCAAGCUCUCCCGACGAACGGCAAUCGCCGAGUGGGAGUGACGUGCGCGAACUGUCGCACGUCCAACACGACGCUGUGGCGUCGCAAUAACAACGGAGAGCCGGUCUGCAACGCCUGCGGCCUCUACUACAAACUACACAACGUUAACCGUCCACUGAGCAUGAAGAAGGAUGGAAUCCAGACGCGUAAGCGCAAGCCGAAAAGCAUGGGCGGAGGAGGCGGCAGUGCAGGAGUCGCGCGAGGCGGCGCUCUCUCCGUGGAGGCACACUCGCACAAGGUGCUGCCUCCGCUGUACGCGGCGGUGGAGGGCGCGGGAGCGGGCGCGCCGCUGCUGCUGCUGCCCGCCACGAGACACCACGCCGACCUCGCGGUACCAGCGCUAGAGCUCUCCGGAGUGGCGACCUCCACGCAGCACUACCGUCCACCCUAACGAAACCCCUACUGACGCCGUAGGAGCUACCUCGCUGCGUGUCGUGCUAUCGUGCUGUCGUGUUUGACGUUUCGAACAUUACAAUGUGAGGUUGGACUAUGAUUAUUUGUUCCUUGUCACCAAA